AUGGUUCCUGCGUAUGCAAGACUAAAAAACAUUUUGCAUGUAGAAGGACUGAAGGCAAAUCUUCUGAGUAUAAGUCAAUUAUGUGAUCAAAAUCUGGUGGUAAAAUUUACUAAGGAGAGAUGUGUAGUCUAUGAUGAACCUGGUCAGUGUGUUUUAACCGGUUCAAAAUCUUUAAAUAAUUGCUAUUUGCUAGAGAAAUUGGAAGUCUGUUAUAACGCAUCUUGCUACAUCACUGAAAUUUGGCAUCAGAAGCUUGGACAUCUGAACUUCAGGAACCUGAUAAAGAUUACAGAAAUGAAAGUUGUUAAGGGAGUGCCCAAGCUUACAAAAAAGGAAGAUGGUGUAUGUGGACCUUGUCAACUGGGAAAGCAAAGUCGUGCUUCUCACAAAGUGGUGCAAGACAUUGUUACAAUAAGAGUGCUUGAACUCUUACAUAUGGAUUAUAUCGGACCCACACAGACAGAAAGUUUGUCAAGUAAAAGAUAUGUGUUUAUGUGUGUCUAUAACUAUUCCAGUUUGCAGAAUUUAGCAAGGAAUAUGGGAUUCACCAUGAAUUUUUCAGCUCUAAAAACUCCUCAACAAAACGGAGUGGUUGAAAGGAAUAAUCACACUCUCCAAGAGACUCAAGGUGCAUCAAGUGAGUCAAACAAGCUUAUCACUCAGAAUUGUGAAUUAGCAGAUGAAGAGCUACAGGAAGAACAAGAAAUUGCAACACAGGUUACAACACCAACUGUAACAACAGAAAUUGCUCAGGAUUCAGACAGACAGCAAGUUAUAAUUGAUGUUGCAACUAAAGUUACAAUAGGUGAAAUCAUCUCAAGAUCAGAUAAAGAAGAAAUUGACGAUGAAGAAGAUAAUGAAGACAGCAGUCUUGAACCAUCCUUAAGAAUAAAGAAGAAUCAUCUUAUUUAG